AAGCCUGUUGCUGGAGCCGGGCUGGAAUCAACGGCCAGUCCGUGUUGGAGUCUCCGCGAAUCCAGACACGCGUCGCUGGGCCAUCCGGAGUUUCGCCGGAGCCAGCCGGAGUCAGCCGGCAAGAGUCACCCCGACUGAAGUCAGCGAGCCAUUGGCGGCAAAAGCAGGACCAUGCGUGUCGUCGUGCUCCUGGUGGUGCUGGCUGCGGUCGCGCAGGGCACGCUCGCGGCGGGCACGAAGCCUGCCGCCAAGCCUGCUGCUAAGCCGGCUGCUAGGCCCAGCGCGCUAGGCGUGCGCCAGCAGGAAGACGAGUACGUAGACCCCGACACCAUCAAAGAAAUCUUCACCAGCACUCCUGGUUACGGCGGCGACAGCCAGAGUCAAAGCCAGAGUCAGGCCCAGGCCCAGAGCCAGAGUCUGGAUCAGUUUGGAGGCGAUGGCGCUCUUAGCCAAAGCCAAAGCCAGAGUCAGAGUCAGAGCCAAAGCCAGUUUGGCGAUGAUCUGAGUCAGAGUCAAAGCCAGAGUCAGAGUCAGAGCCAGAGCCAGAGUUUGGGCGGACUGAGCCAGAGCCAGAGCCAAAGUCAAAGUCAGAGUCAAAGCCAGGGCCAGAGUUACGGCCCGGACAACGAACCGAGCCAGGAGUUCAUCUGCAGCGUGUUCGGCGGCGCCACCUGCCCCUCGGACCAGCCAGCAGGACCGGAUUCGUGCCUCUGCGAGAACGGCGAUGACUGCAAAUGCGUGCCUUACUAUCAGUGCGACCAGAAGGACGGCGGCUUCAACGAGUUUGGCGAAGGCGUCAUCGACAUUAGGCAAGACCACAAGAACAACACCUGCCACUACCUGCAGAAGUGCUGCAAGACGUCCGGCAUCGCCAACCUCCCGCCCGUGCCGCCGCCCACGCCCACCGACCCCAGCCCCCUGCCGCCGUACCAGGGCCCCGGCGGCCCCGGGCCCGAGGACCACCCCACCUACGCGCCGGUCGACCCCAGCUACCCCGGGCCUCAGGACGGCGGCCACACCCCGGGCUCGCCCCCCUUCGACCCCAUGCACACCCCGGCGCCGCCCGUCAUCAGGCCCAGCGCGGGCAAGUGCGGCCAGCGCAACCCCGAGGGCAUCGGCGUGCGCAUCACGGGCGACGAGGACGGCGAGGCGCAGUUCGGCGAGUUCCCCUGGAUGGUGGCCAUCCUCAAGGUGGAGAAGAGCGACGACGACAAGACGCGCAACCUGUACCAGUGCGGCGGCGCGCUCAUCGCCCCCGAGGUGGUGCUCACGGCCGCGCACUGCGUCAAGAACAAGAAUAACCCGUCGCAGCUCAAGAUCCGUGCGGGCGAAUGGGACACGCAGACCUCCAAGGAGAUGUACCACCACCAGGAUCGCACCGUCCGGGCCGUGUCCAUCCACCCCGAGUACUACGCCGGCGCGGUGCACAACGACGUGGCGCUCCUCUUCCUGGAGACCCCUGUGCACAUCGGCUACCACAUCGGCACCAUCUGUAUGCCGGAGCAGAACCAGAUCUUCGACUACGAAAAGUGCUUCGUCAGUGGUUGGGGCAAGGACAAAUUCGGCCAGCAGGGGCGGUACCAGGUGAUUCUGAAGAAGCUGGAGCUGCCCGUCGUGCCGCACAACCAGUGCCAGGAACAGCUGCGCAAGACCCGGCUCGGGGCGUACUUCACCCUGCACGACAGCUUCAUCUGUGCCGGCGGCGAGGAGGGGAAGGACACAUGCAAGGGCGACGGUGGAAGCCCCCUGGUGUGCCCCAUCCACGGCCAGCAAGGGCGCUACCAGCUGGCCGGAACGGUGGCCUGGGGCAUCGACUGCGGGCUGGCAGGCGUCCCAGGCGUGUACGGCAACGUGGCGCUCUUCAGGAACUGGGUGGACAAGGAGAUGGCGAACCACUUUGUCUCCACUGCCUCCUACGAGACCAUUCCGACCAUGCCGAUGGAGAUCUUCCACUCCGUACCAGCAACUUUUACUCACUCUCCAACCCCUUUCAUCCUCCGAGGUCCCUCUGGACGAGGCACUUGCACUCACCCUCGUGUUCUGCCCUUCCAGAGCGUCCUGCCCGGCCUGGCCAUGCUCUUCCAGGCCGCCCUGCCGGUCCUCCUGGCCGCCCUGGCCGCCGCCGUGCCAGCCAAGUUGCCGCCGGCCGCGGCGCCGGCCCCGCCCCCGGCCCAGGCCGCGUCCUCGGACGGCAAGCUUCCCGCCGACAUCCUCUGCAGCGUGUACGGCGGCUCUUACUGCAAGGGCGUCCCUCAGCAAGCGCAGCCGACCCGCAGCAAGCGCCAGGAGCCCGUGGAUCCGGACCAGUGCGCAAUCUUUGGCGGCCCCAGCUGCCAGGGGCAGGCGGCGGAGGGCGGCUCGGAGCCCGCCCGCAAUCCGCGGCAGGACCAGGACGCCGGCACCGUCCCCGCGGACCUCGACCCGAACCAGAUCUGCAGCAUCUUCGGCGGACCCACCUGCCCGCCCUCCGACCAGAACAAGGUCUACGACCCGUGCUUGUGCCCCAGCGGCCAAGGCGAAGGCUGCGAGUGCGUCCCGUACUACCAGUGCGACAACGACACGGGCUCGUUCAACACGGACGGCAAAGGCGUCAUCGACAUCCGCCAGAAGCAGGACCGGGAAGAGUUCGACGCGAGCGCCCCCAACUCGACGUGCUCGCACUACCUGCAGCAGUGCUGCAGAAUUCGGUCGGGCAGCGGUCCCUCGUCGGAGGCCCCCUGGCCCACCCCUGACCCCUACCCUACACCGGACACCUACCCUACACCGGACCCCAUCCCUUCGCCUAAACCCGUUCCCGGCCCUCACCCCGUCACCCAGCCCAAGUGCGGCGUUCGCCACGGGGGCGGCAUCGGCAAGAGGAUAUCCGGGGCCAUGCACGACGAGGCGGACUUCGGAGAGAUCCCCUGGAUGGUGGCCAUCCUGAAGAAGAGGCAGGCGGAGCACGACUACAUGUGCGGAGGUGGGCUGAUCGCGCCCAACGUCGUGCUGACGGCCGCGCACUGCGUCGACGGGAAGUCGGCGAGCAGCAUGAAGAUCCGCGCCGGCGAGUGGGACUCGCGAACCGAGCUGGAGGCCUACCGCCACCAGGACAGGGACGUGGACGCCAUCGUGCAGCACCCCGACUACGUGCCGCAGUCGCUGCACAACGACGUGGCCCUUCUCAUCCUCCGCGAGCCCGUCAAGGUCGGCUUCCACAUCGGCACCAUCUGCCUGCCCGACCAGGACCAGAACUUCGACUACAAGAGCUGUCUCGUCAGCGGCUGGGGGAAGAACGUCUUCGGCAAGGAGGGCGUCUACCAGAACAUCCUGCGCCGCAUCGACGACCUGCCCGUGGUGCCGCACGCCCAGUGCCAGGAGAAGCUGCGCAGGACCCGGGUGGGCCCGUACUUCAAGCUCAACAAGAGCUUCAUGUGUGCCGGCGGCGUCAAAGGGAAGGACGCGUGCACG